AUUACUCGUGCUACAUUCCUGAUAAAAUAUUUUACAGUAUUCGUCAUUUGUUGAAUUAAAAUAAGAUCUAUUUAAAUAUCCUCGUAAUCGUCCUGCAUUUAAUUGAGCGUUUGUUCGUGUGCGAGUGACCAUAGCGUCGAGUGAACGUCAUUAGUGUUGAUAACGUUGCAUCGUCUCGGCGGCCAUUUUAUUCGCCGGCUGUGUUUCGUGCUGAGGUGUCUGCGAUACGAAUUACAAAGCAGUAACGAGCGGGCCAGUCAGUUGGCAUAUUCGCGUGCGGGACGAAGGUGUAUUUAGUUUUAGCUUUUAGACCUCCGAAUACAUUAUAAGUGUGCAAAAUGACGGCGAACAUGCAGCAAGGUACCAUUUUGGAUGUGUUGAAGAAGAAAAUGCGACAGACAAAAGAGGAAAUGGAAAAAUAUAAGGAUGAAUGCGAAGAAUACCACAAACGUUUACAAGUGGAGAUAAUGCGACGAGAAGAAGCCGAAUCAGAAGUGGCUGCACUCAACAGACGUAUCCAACUCCUCGAAGAAGACCUGGAAAGGUCAGAGGAGCGUCUCGCUACCGCCACAGCUAAGCUGUCAGAGGCUAGCCAAGCUGCCGAUGAGUCUGAACGAAUACGCAAGGCCCUCGAGAACAGAACGAACAUGGAGGACGACCGCGUCGCCAUCCUGGAGGCUCAGCUGUCCCAGGCCAAACUCAUUGCUGAGGAGUCUGACAAAAAAUACGAAGAGGUGGCGCGCAAGCUCGUGCUAAUGGAACAGGACCUAGAGCGCGCCGAGGAGCGGGCUGAACAGAGCGAAUGCAAAAUCGUCGAGCUUGAGGAAGAGCUCCGUGUUGUCGGCAACAACUUGAAGUCUCUGGAAGUCUCCGAGGAGAAGGCUAACCAACGUGAGGAGGAGUACAAAAAUCAGAUCAAAACCCUCACCACCCGACUAAAGGAGGCUGAAGCUCGCGCUGAGUUUGCCGAGCGCUCUGUCCAGAAACUCCAAAAGGAGGUCGACAGGCUUGAAGAUGACCUCAUCGUCGAACAGGAGAGGUACAACGACAUCGGGGACGACAUCGACGACACCGUGGUCGAGCUCAUACCCGGCGUCGAGAUGAGCUCCAGACAGAUCGCCCAAAUCAAGAAGGCGCAGGAGGAGAAGGAGGCCGCCAAGAGAGAGGCCGAGCGCAAGGCCCAGGAGGCCGCGAGGAAGGAGGCCGAGAAGAAGGAGCUGGAGAGAUUGGCGGCCGAGAAGAAGGAGCAAGAGAAAUUAGAGGCAGAAAGAAAGGAGGCCGAGAAAAUAGAGGCUGAAAAACAGAAGGUGGCAGCGGAAGCCGAAGCUGCCGCAGCGGCGGCCGCGGCUGCUGCACAACCACCCGCGCCGGCCCCUCCCGCCGAGGGUGCGCCCGCCGCCCCGGCUGAAGGAGCUCCCCCCGCCGAAGGAGCUCCGGCUGCACCCCCAGCGGAGGGUGCUCCUGCGCCAGCUGCCGAUGGAGCCGCACCUGCAGCCCCACCGGCCGAAGGUGCCGCACCACCGGCGGAGGGGGCUCCUGCCGCUCCUCCUGCCGAGGGUGCGGCCCCUCCGGCGGAGGGUGCUCCCGCUGCUCCUCCCGCGGAGGGAGCUCCAGCAGCACCCCCAGCGGAGGGAGCGGCACCACCCGCGGCUGCGCCUCCGGCAGACGCCGCUGCGCCCCCGGCGGAGGGAGCUGCGCCCGCAGCCCCCCCGACCGACGCGGCGGCGCCGGCACCGGCGGCCGAUGCGGCCCCAGCGGAGGCCCCCGCGCCCCCACCGGCCGACGCCCCGGCUCCCGCGCCCCCAGCUGAGGCCCCGCCGGCGGCACCCGCUCCCGACGCCGCACCGCCCGCCGAAGCCCCGGCCUCCUAAAACAAUAGAUGUAGUUCGUUCGUUUUGUUCCCAAAAAACGAUUCAUCAUUCGUGCUUACUAUCGGCGAAUAGGGGAACAAAACUAAUAUAGUCGUACGGUUUUUUAUAUUCUCAACAUCAAUCAUCAUUCGCGUAAAAAUUCCAGAAAUGUAAAGAUUAGUCUAUUUUAACAAUAAUUGAUCGUAGCUGAUGGAAUUCGACGUUUUAACACUGCAUGGGUGUAGCGUACUAACAGUGUCGGGUUACGUACUGAACGCGUCGGUCUCCGCAGACGAUCUGAUCUCGGGCAAGGAGCUGUUCCACGAAAUGGGCGGCGAGCUGGACGUGGCUUUCAAGGACCUAGAGAUGCCCGGCGCGACCGGCCGGGUGUGCGACCGGUGCACCUGCUGCCACUGAGCCGCCUCGCGUCACUCACCACGCAUUUACACCGUAACACACCCAUAUACAUAGGAACACGGACGCUUUUAAUUGCAUGCAGUUUUAAAACACGCUGUAGCCGACGCAUGGCUUCGGAGUAACAGAAGAGCGACAUGUAAGUUUACGCUGAACUAAU